AUAGCUUGUCUAAUAUUUAUUCAGAUCCAUAACGAUGCGCGGCUAUACAAUUGUAAACGAGGUUGUUUAAGAUUGAGUAAAUGUCAGCUAGCCAGUCAAGGCGGGGCGUACUGUACAAAUCUAACUUUAGUGGAAUUCCAGCUUCACAGCCAUCAUCGACGACGUAAAUAAGAAACAAACAACAAUAUUUAACAUAGCUAAAUUUCAGCAGCAUGGACACAAAUGUGCAGAAGAGACGUGAGAACAAGAAAUCACUGCGUGUAAAAGUGAUCAGCCUUGGCAAUGCCGAGGUGGGCAAGAGCUGCAUCAUCAAGCGAUACUGUGAGAAGAGGUUUGUGCCCAAGUACCUGGCCACCAUAGGGAUUGACUAUGGGGUCACCAAAGUCCAGGUGCGUGACAGGGAGAUCAAAGUGAACAUCUUUGACAUGGCAGGACACCCAUUCUUCUACGAGGUUCGUAAUGAGUUCUAUAAGGACAGCCAGGGAGUGGUGUUGGUGUACGAUGUAGGUCUGAGGGAGAGUUUUGAUGCGCUGGACAACUGGCUGGGUGAGAUGAAACAGGAGAUGGGCUCCCAGGCUAACAUGGAGAGCAUCGUUUUUGUCGUCUGUGCCAACAAGGUGGACCUGACUAAGCGUCGUGUGGUAGACGAGGGAGAGGGUAGGCUGUGGGCGGAGUCUAGAGGGUUCCACUACUUUGAGACGUCAGCACAGAGCGGAGAGGGCAUCAGUGAGAUGUUCCAGGCGUUUUUCUCCUCCAUAACGGACAUGUGUGAGAACGGCGGGAAGCGCCCGGUGGCAGAGGUCAGUGUCGGCUUCACCAAGGAGCAGGCCGACACCAUACGACGCAUACGCAACAGCAAGGACUCCUGGGAUAUGCUGGGGGUCAAACCUGGAGCCACACGGGAAGAGGUUAACAAGGCUUACAGGAAGCUGGCAGUGCUGCUCCAUCCGGAUAAGUGCGUUGCCCCGGGCAGCGAGGAUGCUUUCAAGGCCGUGGUGAACGCUCGCACCUCCCUGCUCAAGAACAUCAAGUAGACGCCAGCUAGGGACUGCUCACCCUGACCACUGACCCCUGACCCCUCGCCAUGUUUCCUCCUCUAAUACCACCCCACCUUCAGAACAUCAUCAGCUUCUCUACCCCCUCCCAAACCCCAAAACCAACC